AUGCUGCUAGCACAACGACCAACAACGUGGCCGAAAAACAUGGGCUUGCUCGUUGGGAUCAAGGCCUGCAAGCAGUACGGCUUCACGCCACUGCACGUGGUGGGCGACAGCGCGAUGAUCAUUACGCAGCCACCGGAAACCGCCGCGCGCACGACAUUUACGGCCGCUGUAUUGGCGCUGCCGACGAUCGCUUGCCGGCCUCCAGGUGCAGACAUGGCAGCACCACUUGAGGGCGCACAACAAGAUGGCUGA